UCAGUUUAUAUGGUCUAAGGUUUUUACCGCGAUUUCAUUUAAACAAAAUAAAAUUAAAACAAAAUGGUUGGAGGCUCAAUGAUCGAGGUUCUUGUAAAUCCUCCUGCACGUGGAUGUAGCUGCAUUAAAUUAACUAAUUCUGAAAUUUCCUCAGAAUUAAAAAAAUCCGAUAAAUUAGUUUCUGAUGUUGCUGGAGGGUUUACAUAUGCAAGCAAAUCAAAAAUAACACAAAACCGACAUAUUUUAUGGAGAGUUAUAAACGACACUCUUAUCUUAGAAGAAAUAUCUUGGAACUACAAUAUUUUGUCUAACAGUAUUGAAAUAAAAGUUCCUUUUGAAAUUAUCCUUCCGAAUGUCGUUUUCUAUGAAACUUAUGAAAACAUCAUUGUAUAUUUUUCAACGACCAAUUGUAUUCGUGCAUUUAGCUUUGAGCAUCCAGAUGUAAAAUACAAACAUGGACCUAGUGGCAUCAAUGCAACUGUACAUUCAAUUUUUCAUGGAGCAUCUGAAAAAUGUAUGCAAACACAAGUUUAUGUCGGAAAUUCUUGCAAAUUUUUUGAUGUAGUUACUUUAUCGAAUGGAGAUAAUGUUUAUGGAAUGAUUACUGAAACUGGAACAUUAUUGGUUGUUAACAACGAUUCAUUGUGCUUUGAAUUAAAAGAGGCAAGCAUAGUACAACGUCUAUGGAGUGGUUUAGUUCCAUCCUUUGUGAGAGGAGAAUCUUCUUCUUCAGCAGUGGAGUCAUUAGUUAUGCACAACUUUGAUAGUUCAAAUUUGUUUGCAUUUACUUUGUGUCGUGACCUAAAAAUUCGUGUGUGGAGUAUUGCUUUAAAAACAUGUGUUCACACAACAGAUUUGGUUUCUUUAAACUUUGAUAACUUUGAUUUGCAACAAGGAUCAGUUGAUUCACUUUGUUUAAAAAAAGCAAAAAAUACUGAUGGUGGACAAUUGUUGUUAAUAGCUCACUGUACUUUAAUGUACAGCUCACAGUUCAUCAUUUUGGAAGCAUUUUUGGAGCAAAAAGAAAUUGUUGUUGUACAUGUUUCACAUUUUUUAUCAAGUUUUAACAAUAUUCAAGAUAUUUCCAUAACCCAAGAUUAUAUCUGGGCACUAUGGAACACUUCAGAUGGUGACUCUGAACUUUCUUUUGCGCCAAUAGAGGGUGGCAAAGAUUUUGAACGUGGUUGGCACUCUGUUCACUUAGUUAAUAUUAAUGAAGAUGAGAUAUUUGUUCCAGUUUUUCAAGAUGUCAAAGAGGUCUUUAUGAGGAAAUUAUUUUCACCACAAAUGUAUCAAAAGGAUUGUCUACUUAAAGCUCUUCAAAUCUUUGCAAAAACAAAUGAAUUAAAUAUUCAAUUUCUUCCUAAUGAAUCAUCUUCUCUUCUUGAAAUAAAAGAAAGUUUACUUAGAAUUAUUGACAUGCAGGUGGAAAAUACAGUACUUAGUACUGGCGUCCAGGAUUCUGGUUAUCAACAGCUACAGCGAGAAUGUUGGUUUAAUUUUUACUCCUUCGUCAACCAGUACUUGCAGGCUAGACUGAAACCGGUUGGAUUGCAUGUCAGUAAAAAUGGCUGCUUCGUAAUUCGUCAGAAGUGUUAUGGGUAUGUGCAACCUCUUUCAUGGUCUGAUCAUUUAUACCUGAGCAACUUGGAAACUUGUGAAGGAGUUCAAUCAUUUAUAGAUCAUGAAUUAGAACUUAAUGGAAGUAUUGUUAGCAGAGACAUAAUGUUCCUUGUUGAAUGUAUGAAGGCUAUACCAUUGCAGUUCAAUGAAGAAAUUCUUUUUGGUGUGGAUUGUGAUCUUCAAGGUAAUGAAGAUGUAAAGGUUUUCCUAGAAAGCAUGGCAGAUGCUCUUAUCACUAAUAGCAGUAAUUUUGAGCAAUUAGUUGGUAAUGACCCCAAAAGAGUCGAUUUUAUAUUAAGUAUUGAAGCAAGGUUAAAACAUUUAAAAAACCCAGCAAAAGCUGUUGAAUAUAUUCUGUCUGCAAUUGAUAUUUUAGAAGAACAAACAACAACAAAGGAAUUCCUUAAAAUGUCUGGGACAAGAAAUGAUUUUUAUAACCAAACAUUUUGUGGACAAGAAGGGAUUGAAAUAAUCAGUGAAACACUUUCGAAAUUUUCGCUGACACGCAUGCAUUUCUGUCGGGACUUUUUCAUUCUUUUAAAGCUUAUGAGCAAAAUUUCAUGCAAGAUAAACUUAGACUUGUCAUGCUCAAGAGAUUUUGGAAGUAUUGUUGCUAAAAGAGUAUAUGCACUUUUGCGAUCAUACCAUGCUGUUUAUUGGUCUGCUAAUACUUGUUUUCAGUUGGUUGAUUCUUCAACUGUUGAGGCUAACUUGGUUCACUUAGCUGCUUUAAAUCUGACAGAAAAAAGUCCAGCAUCAAAAUCUGCAAGAAAAACAAUUGAUUUUACGGAACAACCGACAUCACUUUUACUAAGCUUUACAAGAGAUAUUGGUAUAAUGAAGGUUAUCUGCUCCUUAAAUAAUGAAGAAGGAAUGUCUAAAUACCAACCUUCAGACUUGCUCCACUUUUUUUUUUCUUCGAUAAUAAAAAAUAUUUGGUUGUUAAAUGAAAAAUGCUCAGAUUUUCCGGAAUAUUUGGCAGCUCAUUGUCAGUAUGCAUUGUUAAGUGAGUAUUUACAUUUUGCAGACACAUGGUGUGAUUCAGGUAGAGGAACAAAAGAUUUUUUGUUAGGGCAAUCUUACUUAGGAACCGAUGAACCUGAAAAAGCAUUAAAGUACUUUGUUAGUGCAGUCAGAGGCAUCAGACUAAAAGAACCUCUUCUUAUUAGUCUGACUGAAGAUGAAGAUGAAAAAGAGUUAUUAGUUCAGUAUUUUGUUAAGGUUAUGCGAUUAUUUGAGCAAUGGAAUCAUCCCCUUAUGGUAAUCUCAGCUGCAUCUUCUGCCAUUGCUAUGGCCAGUAAUAAAAGUAAAAACAAGCCUGUGUUGUGGUCAGUUGUUUUUAAGUAUCAUUUACAACUGGGCCAUUAUAGUGAGGCUUACGCCGCCAUAGUGCACAAUCCUGAUAAGACUAGACGCCAUGAUUGUUUGCGCCAUUUUAUUGUUACAUUGUGUGAAAAAGGAAUGUUUAAAGAAAUAUGUUCAUAUCCUUAUGUCAAUGUUGAAGAUGAAGUAGUUAGCAUAAUUGAAGCACGGGCUCGUUCUACAGAUAUCACAGUCAAUAAAUAUUAUGACAUACUUUAUUCCUAUCAUAUACUCAAAAGCGAUUAUAGAAAAGCUGCUACAACUAUGUAUGAACAGUCUUGCAGAUUAGCAACAGAAAUGCAUGGUUUAAAGUCUUUGCAAAAACAAGCAAAGUGCUUGUUGGCUUCAUUAAAUGCGCUAAAAUUGGUAGAAUCUAAAUAUGCCUGGAUUGUAAGACCUCAAGAAAACUAUAGCAAAAACAAUACUUUAGUAAAGAGUUCUAAUGAUUUCACACAUUCUCCUAAAAGGCGAGAAAAUGGGGAAGAAAUUUAUUACUCAUCAACUUCAACAAAAAAAUGUACUACAUCAAUUGUUAUUAUAGAGUUUCAUGAUUUGGAAAAGUCAUAUAUGUUGCUUUUAGCUAGGCUAAAGUUAUUGCAACAUGGUAAAAAUGAAUCUAUUGUUGUAGGCCCAGGUUUAUCUGCAUCAGAAACAGUCAUUUUACUUUCACAAGUUGGCUUGUUUGAUAUGGCAUUUUCUCUUGCAAAUAUAUAUAACUUGCCUUUUAAAAGAAUAUUUGAAACUCUUGCGUCAAAAUGUGUCAAUCUUGUUAAUUGCACUAAAAGCAGUGAUGAUGAGCAAUGGAAUUGGUUAUUAUUUAAUGAGAUUUCAUCUUCACAACUUGUUACAUCUAGCAGUGCCGUUCAUCAUGCUUUUCUUUUGUUGCAAUCAUAUUUAGAAAAAUUUCAUGAUAAGUCUAUUCAUUUAAAAGCAGUGACAUCAAAGUUACUAAGUUUGGGACUGCAUCUUCCUUCUUGGUUAGUUAAAGAUUAUGAGUUAGCCAACCCGGCAGAGCUACUCCAUUUAUACUUGUGUUAUGACAUGAUUAAUGAAGCGACACAGCUGGCAGUGAAGUAUAUAAAUGCUGUACUUGGCGAAUGUAAAGAACACUUGGGAUUAAAUACUGCACUUCAUGGCACAACACCUGCUGUGUGGCUUCCUUAUUCGUCAUUUGAUCAACUUCUUGCUGCUUUAAAAGAUAAUUACGAAAAUCAAGAAGCUUUCCAAUUAUAUGAAGAACUGCAAGAAAAACUUGAUGAUUACUUUACUAAACUUGAACGAGUUUCUUGUGACAAAAUAGAGCAUACAUACCGUAUUAUUACUCCUGUAAAUUAAAAUUGUACUGUUACUGUUUUAUUUGUAAUAAAAAAAAUUUUGUUAAA